UACAGAUGGGAACGUCAGCUGGUGUUCCGGAGCAAACUGACCAUGCACACGGCAUUCAACCGGAAGGACAACGCUCAGCCAGCCGAGAUCACAUCCCUCGCCAUCUCCAAGUAGGUGGACUGUGUGUGUUUGAGACCUCAACAUGGAGCUUGUCUUGAGAAAGGUGCCUGACAGUAAUUAAAAAGGAGGAUGGAGGGAUCGGGAAUUUGAAGGACCAUAAAUGUAACUUUAGGUGUUGGUUAUAGAUAGCAAUCACUCAUCCUCCCCCUCCUCCACCCCUUCCUCCCCCAGGGACCACAGUAAGAUCCUGGUGGGUGACGGUCGUGGCAGGGUGUUCAGCUGGUCAGUGAGUGACCAGCCUGGUCGUUCUGCUGCUGACCACUGGGUGAAGGACGAAGUGGUGGACUGCUGUUCGGGAUGUACCGUGCGCUUCUCCCUCGCGGAGAGACGCCACCACUGCAGAAACUGUGGUCAGCUCUUCUGUCAGAAGUACGUCCUGGCCUGCAUGUUAGGGUUGAAGGUGUACCAAUGGAGAAUCAACAGAAUAAUAACAACAAUUUUAAAACAUUGAAUCUUCAACCGUCAGAUGCGUUGUACCGUCAUCAUCAUCAUCAGCCUUUAGCUUGCAGCGUCAGUCACUAUUAUGGCCUUUCACAGAAAAACGCAGAAUGGUUAAUGCUGAAUGAAUAUGAAAUGGUUAACCCAAAAUUAACACGCCGUAAUAGAACAAAUUUUAAUAUUAUAAAGUCCCUAAAAAUAAUCCCAAGGACCUUUACCGGUGCAUUAUGCCUGUCUCUCUCUCUCUCCAUCUCUUCUCUCUAUCCCAGGUGUAGUCGUUUCCAGUCUGAGAUCAAGCGUCUGAAGAUCUCGUCCCCGGUGAGGGUCUGUCAGAACUGUUACUGCAACCUGCAGCACGAACGCGGCACUGAGGACGGAUGCAGAAACUAA